AUAUUUGACAUUAAUUCGUUGAACAAAAUGGCAGAGUAAGCAUAUGUAUCAGUAAAGUGCAGAUAAUUUUGUGAAAACGAUGGCGAAUCUAACAAAAAGUGCAAGUUCUAUGCAAGAAAUUGAAUAUUCAUCGUAUUUGCGUGUUUUGGAAGAAGUCACUGGUUGGAAAACAUCGAUAGAAAAAGGACAUUUUGGCGGAACGUGCUGUAAAAUCCCCCAUUGUGUUAUCACGGACUUGAAUUUGAUUAAACGUUGGAGAACAGGAAACCAUUGUAGACAAGAUAAUUUCACAUUUUGAAUAAUUAUGUGGAGUGUGAUGUCUAAGAUGGGUUCUGCAGAACCCAGAUUUUCUCCAAUGCACAAAGGGAACUAUCAUACUUCGGUCCACCCCAUUUUUCCGACUGUUUUCAACCCCAUCCUAAACAAGGAGUUUGCAUACUGUAAAAGCAACAUGAAUCUGAGCCCUCCGAGGAACUGCCAAAAUUAUAAUACCUCAUCAAAAAUGGAUCUUGAAAUAAUUACUAGUCCAAGAAUGCAAGAAGAACCCAAACCAAAAGCAAGUUUCCCUAAUCCAAUUGUACCAAAAUCAAAUAAUGCGUGCAAUAGUAGCAGUAAGAAGAAGAAAAAGAAAAGGAGACGGCGACGAAAGAAAAACAAAACGAAUCAGGUAAAAAUGACGACCAGUCAACCUUUGAAAGAAAAACCAGCAGAGAGGGAACGAAAAAUUUCCGUUGCUGAAAGUGAAGACAGUUUUGUGAUAUUUUUCGAUGAGGAAUAUGAACACAUAUCUGAACCAUCUGAUGAUGAAACUGAAACAACAGAAGAUUUUGGCUCUUCAGACUCAAUCAUACCACGCAAAAAGGUGCGCUUUGCAAAUGAUAGCAAACUUCGUGAAAUUCAUCCGAUGGUUGUGUGGUCUUACGCCUAUCAAGCUGCUCGGAAAGGACCUUGGGAGGAGUAUGCAAGAGAUCGUGACCGAUUUAAGAAUAGAGUACGAAAUACAGAAACUCUUAUUGGGCAUAUAUUCACUGCAGGUCAUAGGUCAAGAAUUUAUGAACAGCGGUUUUCCUCUCUCAUGUAAAUUUUUUAAAGAUACUCUCGUUUGACACAAUCAAAUUAUUUGGUAAAGUUAGGUAAUUUUCAAUAUUUUUCAAGUAAGGGUUAUCUGUAUUUUUUCUAAAUACAAUGACUGUGAUAUCGAAGUUGACUGAUGAUUUUUUAUAUACAUUAAGUUAUUCAGAUAAGUUUUUAGUAGGUGUAAAUAGAUAGAUGUAGUUUUGUUCUUAAGCUUGCUAUUGUAAUGUACAUUAAUUGUUACAUCAACUUUCAUUAGACUAUAUUUUAUUGGUUAAGUGGGGUUUAGAUUAAUCACUUGUACAAAACAAUGGUAGAUUUUGUUAAUGUAUAGUUUAUUGUGCUUGUGUGGUAAAUAAGUUGUAAAAUAUAGCAUUAAUUAGAAAAAUUAGAAGUUAA